GCGGAAGUUACGUAGCUAUCAGAGCGCCACAUACAUUUGUUUAUUUAUGUUGUUCUCGAUACAAAUGUGCAUUUAUGUGUGCAUGACUAUAUCGUAGCUAUGUUAAGAUGAAAUAUUUCAACAUGGUACGUGAAAUUAUUUAAACAUCAAUUGAUCUUCCCUCUUGUCGGCAAGAGAUUAGCAGUCUAAUUUACUGAGUCCCUCUGGAGUGAGAGACCAUGGGCCGUUUGGAUGAUGCUGCCAAACACAAAGUGGUGGAGCUGCGGAAGGCUGGUCUGAGUUUCCGCAAGAUCAAAGCUGUGCUGGAGCUGGAGAACAUCAAGGUGUCUGCCCAGGCCAUCUACCUGUUCCUGAGGGAGUUUCAAGGGAGGCCGCCAGGGAAGGUAAGACCUAUGGAGGCUGGCAGCACCACAUCAUCCGCACAGAUGCAGCAUCGAGCCGGGGAAAUACAAGAGAGCUGGAGUAACAUUCGUAUCCAAAAUCUUCUGCGUGAAGCAUCUCACCAUGCUGGCUUUGCAGCUGCUGCACAUUUAACCAAACAGACUUCCACAAAUCCAGACACUGAUGCAAAGCCAUCUGGGUCUGGGGAGACCAGUGGAGGCAGCAGACCAGAACAGCAUCAUGAGGGAGAUAAGGAAGAAAAUGACAUCCAGAUUGUGAGUGUAACCUCUCUUGCACAGAGCAGCCAACAAAGAACUCCUCAGUCGACUGUAACAAGAGCAGAAGCCGGUGCUGUGUCUUCCACACUAACAGCUUCUGGAGCAUUCAUGAGGAAGAGAGGGACACCUUCUCCAGCCACUAAUUCAAUGCUGGCAGCUCGAAAGAGGCUUUUGGAUAAAGCGCUGUCACACAGGAUGAAGUCAUUCCACCAGGUGGCGUCAUUAUUGAGGAGAGAUCACCCAAGUGUCCUAGGUGCUGAUUGGAGAAGUUCAAUACCACAACCACCAGAAACUUAUGAUCUGACCACUGAAAAGACUCUUAUGGAAGGUCAGUCCGGUGGGGGCUGUGCCACCAGACGUUUUCUCACACAGAGACCAGGUCUGUCUGUCCGUUCCCUUCACCCUCUCCCUCGAGUUGGCGUUCGUCUCCCUAACCGCUCACUAGCACCCUUAACAUCCUCGGCUCCCGGGGUCGCCGUCAUCCGUCUACAGACCCCUGGAUGCCAGGGCGCAACGCGUAGGGAGGGGAACCCAAGCCCCCAGCAGGCAGUCCAGGACACUGGAGGGAGAGGUGGUCUGCAGGAUCAGAUUCAGAACUUGGGCUCUGAGGUGCGCAGCUUGGGUCUGGCAGUGAAGAUGCUAGUGGAGCAGCAGUGCCGCCUGGAGAAGGAGCAGGUGCAGCAGACGCACAUCCAGAAGCAGAUCCUCAGCACUCUCCAGUGCCUCGCCACCAAACUGGGACGUUGUAGCAUUGUUCAACAGCAGCACAACAAAACACCAUCACCCUCUGGUUUGCCAACGGCUUCUGCAUCUACCUCCUUCAGCCAAGACACCUUCAACUUCAAUCAAGGCACAUACAUUCACUGCAGCCAAACCCAGCCACGCUACAACUCUUUAGAGAGUUUAGAAAAUGUAGAAACCUUUAAAGUGCCAGGACUGAGCCCUUCAAGCAUGAAUGGGUUUCCACCAUGUAGCAAUGCUGAGAACCUCCCACUUACUCACACUCCUCAUACACAAAUGUAUGCAUCUUCAUACCCGCAGCAAAACAGUCAAACACUAAUGCCACCCUACACACAGUCCUAUGUCUCUACAUAUAACCAGUCACAUGCUCAGACGUUUAGAGGAUCAGAGAGUAAAACAUCUGUUUUCCCAAGCAGCUGUUCAGCAAGGACUCUCCAGGACUGCAGUGUGUCCACCCAGCCGGUGAUGAACUCCAACAACUCUUUACAGGAUCAACAGAUGAAUAUUAUUAAAGUGGAAGGACCUUAGAGGCCUUCAGAUGCUUCAGUGUUUUGGGACCAUAAGGGC